UCGGCUCGUGCAGGUGGAUCUUCGACAUGCCGAUAAUGCAAUUAGACCAGUGUACUGUACACAGGCGCUGCGCUGAUCCCCGUUGCUGCAAUUCUACUCUUGGGAGAAGGAAGUGGGAAAAGGAAAAGAGGACGGACGACAAAGCAUCCAGUUCAUGAUGGAAUCGACGGCGCCUGCGCACCCUCAACCCCCCCUUCAACCUCAUCCUCACCCUCACCCUCAUCCCGACAUAUGGAGACACACGGGCGACGACGACUCGACGCUGCUGGACGAUCUGGACCAUGAGCCUAAGGUGCUCAAGUGGUAUCGCGACUGGGACGAGUGGCGGCGCGACAUCCAGCCCUAUGUCGACGUCUUCAUCUGGCGGUACAUGUGGUCCGACAAGGCGGUUGACGACCUGCGUGCGUGCCCAAUCCCGCCUCAGGUGCAGCAGUUCAAUCCUCACGCCAGAGACGUGUCGGAGCUCACCAAGGACGAGUUUGGCCUCUACCAUAACCAGAACAAGAUCUACUACUCCAAGAAGCAGGAGUAUGACCGCCAAAACGAAAUGGUCGACAAGACCAAGGCGCUGAUCCUGCGUACCAUCGUCCCGGCCAAGGCAGAACUGCUCGACGAGAAGCAGUCGCUGCGCGAGUGGAUAGCGAUCCUGAAGGCGACGACGGCCCCGACGUACCGCCAGCGCAUCGAGAUUGAGCGGAGCCACUACAACGGCGUGCUGGAGCGCUUCGACCUUGACAACAACGAGGCGGAUUGGGCUCAUGAGUGGUACAGCGCCGUGACGAGAUGCCACAAGCUCAACUUUCCGGAGACGCACUGCGGCACCUGGCUGCGUGAUUUGGCCGACUGCAUCCUGCCCUUUUCGCCGCCGCUGUUUGACAAGUUUAUGAUGGGGGCUGACAGGCUGGACCUCGCCGCCAUUGAGUGGAAGACGGAGGCUGAGGAGGCUAUUGCUUUUAAAAAGACGCACAAGUGCAGCAACAGCAACAGCACAGAACCUUCGGACGAAAAAGAAGUGGUAGAGCUGGAUGCUACUUCGCCGGGCGAAGAGGACCGCCUGUGGACGUUUCUAGAGGUGUACCGAGAGAUUCGCGAUCUUGAAUUUUCCGGGUCGGAAGUAGACGUGGCCAUCAACGACGCAGCCUCUGUCAAAGACUCGGAGUCGCCGCUGUGUCCCGCCUGUAACCUCAAGGGCCACGAGCUGCGGCACUGCUGGUACGCGUUCGAGGAGCGCCGGCCGCGGGGUGUGAUGCUGAGCCGGGCUCGCAUGAGGCGGGUGGAGAAGGCGAUCCGGACGGACAAGAACCUGGAGCAGAGAGUGGACGACAUUUAUACGGCGUUUACCGGGGGCCGGUUUUACCAGCGGCAGUUGAUGCUGGGCUCGACGCAGUCUGCUUGGUAAAAAGCAUUUUUUGAAGACUUUUCUCUUUAUCCUUUCCCUUUUCUUUUUUAUUAUACAUAAUUGGAUGUUGAGAAUGAGUUGAUGAACAAACAGACAGACAGAUAGCAUUGAUGUAUGAUAUACGAAACUUUAGCGGGAUUUGGGAAGCGAUGGAUUUUCU